AUGGCGCCAACUACCGGUACUGCCACCGGCGCAGCCGACAAGAAGCCCGAGAAAUCCUACCUCGCAUCUGCCGUCGACUCCAUCAAUCCUUGGGCCGCUAACCGAAGCACCACUCCAACUCCCAAGGAGCCGCCUCCACCCAAGCCAGUGUUUCCCGUGAACCCAAAUCCCGGCGAUCAUAGUACGAAUCCCUUUUACGGCCAAAGCUUCAAGCGGUAUCCUCCCGACUGCCCUCCGCUCGGUGUCCAAUGGUUCCAUGCCGUCGAUGUCCCGAAGCGCAAGCCCAAGUUUCUCCAGUCCAAGACCGACGAGGACCAAAAGACCAAGCCGCAACCAAAGAAAUAUGCGCCCUUCUCUUCCGGAGACUCCCGAGCACUCGAAGUCGCCUACCAAGCAAGACUCGAGGAGUUGGAGCAGCAGAGGUCCAACCCGAAACGCUCAACCAGUGUUCGUCUAGGCUCCAAGCGGCCUCGUGUCGUCUCAGGUGACGAAGCAAACAACACAAACCUCGACUCAACGGAGGAUGAGGCCAAGGAUCAUACCCGAGUCCCCGUCAACGAAGACUUCUUGUUCGAUGUCGAUCUUGACGAUCGUGAGUUAGCCCCUGUCUACUGGGAAGGGCCGGUAUACGAGGUGCGUCGAGGAACCUGGUUCUACCAAGAAGGCUCAACUGUUCGCCCAUGUGAGGAGAAUCUCGCAGCCCAACUUGAAGAGGGAUACCUAAAAAUCAGGCCGUGGAUGUACCCAACACGGACGCACAGCGACUCGGGCACCAAAACCGUCACACCAAAGACUUCAGUGAGCAAUCUCAAGGCUGCUGCUGCCGCUCAAAAAGAGACCGCAGCCAAAACAGAGACCACGGUUGUCCAGCACCAGCCCCAGACAUACCGACUAUUUGGGGCCUACAUGAACAACAUCGCAACAUACCACGACGAAAGCACUGCAUGGCUCUCAUCUGAGGAACAGGACGAGAAGCUACAAAAGGCCCUCAAGAGACGCUCUGCUCCGGCAGGUGCGCAGUCACUUUCUGAGGAAGCCGUGGUAGUUAAGCAAGAGCCUGAAGAGGAGGCGUCCGACGAGAUUGAAAGUACAAGAGCUAGGCUCACUCGACAAAUAUCGAACCUGAUAGAGGGGGUCAAAGAUCCAGAAGCAGAGGCGGAGGCGAUUCGGAAAAGAGAAGAAAAGGAGAUCAGGGACGACUACAAUGCGCGACUAGGAGAGACUCAAGGCCGCGAAAUUGAGCAUCUGGUUCUUGUCACGCACGGUAUCGGACAGCUCUUGGGAAAGAAGAUUGAGAGUGUCAACUUUGUGCAUGACGUGAACAUGCUCCGCAAAACACUAAAAGAAACGUACUCUUCCUCGGCGGACCUUAGGGCACUCAACGGCGAGAUUGAGGUGGAAGGCCCUGGCAACUCGCGUGUCCAGGUUUUACCUGUUGUCUGGCGGCAUCUUCUCGACUUCCCAAAGCGCAAGCCGAGAAGAAACGAGCAUGACUUGGGCGACGCUCCAUACGAAGAAGAUGAAUACCCAUCCCUAGAAGACAUCACGAUUGAAGGUGUGGCGUUUGCCAGGUCGCUCAUUUCCGACUUGGCUCUCGACGUCCUGCUUUACCAAAGCGCGUACCGAGAAACGAUUGUUGAAAUCGUUCUUCGAGAAGCUAACCGGAUAUACAAGCUGUUCAGGGACCGCAAUCCCAACUUUAAGGGCAAGGUUCACGUCAUCGGUCACUCCCUAGGAUCUGCCAUCAUGUUCGAUAUUCUUUGCCGGCAACGCGAAAAGCGGCCAGAAACUGGGACCUUUAAGAACCCGCUCAAGUUUUGGCCAGCCCAUGCCCAGGACCACUACGAACCCAAAGAACCAAAGGAGCUUGCGUUCGAAUUUGACGUGGAAGAUUUCUACGCUCUCGGCUCUCCCAUUGGCCUUUUCCAGAUGCUCAAGGGACGAACGGUUGCGGCUCGUCACUUGCCCAACGCCUACCCCUCGGAGAGCCCCCUGAAUCCGGAAUACAUGGACGACCCGUUCUUCCUCGCGGCUACAGCACAGCAUCAUCAUCACCACCACCACAACAGUGAUCAGAGUCUCUCUCCAAUUACCAACCUUCCGUACAGCAUCUCCUCUCCCAAGGUUGCUCAGCUAUUCAACAUUUUCCAUCCUUCAGAUCCUAUCUCGUAUCGUCUGGAACCUUUGAUUUCCCCCGCCAUGUCUACUCUCAAGCCCCAGGCUCUACCGUACACCAAGAAGAGCAUCUUUGGUUCCGUUGCUCCUCAGGGCCUCACGGGUAUUGGUGCCAAGGUCGGCCAAAGCGUCAGCGGACUAUGGAGCAGUCUCAGUGCCGGUAUUGCCAGCAGUUUGCUCAACCGUAGUCUCGGUCUGAGCCAGGAAGACGUGGCGAAUUUCAACGCAUCACACGCUCAGAAUCAGAACCCCAGUCCUGGUGCCGGUACAAACAUCGGAGCCGGUGUCAUAUCUCCAGAAUCACCCAAGAUAUCUGACGUACAACGGAGCGAGAAGACGGCGGAGAGGAUGCGCCAACUGGCCAACGCCGGUCACGACGGAACGCUGAUCGACGACGAGCUCGAAACUCUCUUUAGCAAGUUUGAGAGGAAGAGGUUGGAUAUGGUUCACGCUGCCAAGGAUGGGGGUAGCACUGCUGCCGCCAAAGAGGAGUGGGUCAAGGAGGAGGCCAAGGCCCAGAAGUUGAAGAGGGAGGAGAUGAAGGUGCGUGCUCUAAACAGGAAUGGCAGAGUGGAUUAUAGCAUUCAAGAGAGCGUUCUGGACUUUAACCCUAUCAACACCAUUGCGUCGCACAUGAGCUACUGGGCGGACGAGGAUGUGUGUCAUUUUAUUCUGUCCCAGAUGCUGGUAUCGAACAGGACGAAGACGACGAGGGUGUAA